ACCGCGAUCAAGUCUCCACAACGCUCUCCAAGGAACCGCGUACUCAGUAAGGCCGGGCCCGGUCCGGCUGAUAUCGUCUCUCCACAUGGACGCGUUUGGAGCCUCAGGCGUUUCCUGAUGCAAACCACCGACGCCCGUGUCGUCUCUCCCUCCAGACAUCCGAGAGAAGGUCGAAGAGGAACACAUGCGAGGCUUCCGCCCACGAGAAGCCAAACACUUGCACAAAGCCAACGUCGUGACUCUCGUGAGUUACGCGAAAUCCCAGGGGUUGGACUGCAAACGCGGCAGGCACAGCCGUGAUAUCAUUCGGUUUGUUAAUGGUCCAUCCGGUACCUUACCUAUUGUGCUUCUGAGUGAAGAUAACAUCACUGGUUCCAGUGGUCUGUUGCCGUCGAUGCACGCUGCUGUCUAUACUCCUUCGUCCCAAAUGAGUAAAAUCCUCAACAUGCGAUCUUUCCACCUUGUGCUUCGAAUUGGGGCCGGCAGAGAAGCUGGGUUCCAAGGACAAGUGCUGUACCACGGUGUGUAUCGCGCCUCUGACGCGCAGUUACUGUUGCCUCCCGAGAGGCUCGCGUCGUUGUCUGCGGAGGAUCGACGCAACAUGCUUGAUUUCUUCAACAAUAGUCGACUCAAAGAAAUGAAAUCAAAGGCUGAAGGCCGCGGGGAGCCCAAACAAGAUGUGGCGAAUAUUCCUGACGCAGAUCUGGAGAAGCUGUUCGAAACGGGACAACAACGACUGGCGUUGAUGGUGCUGAAGUGCUUGAGCUUCGACAGCACAUUCUACAAAGAAUUGAUGCAUGCGGACGCUAUAACCCUCAUUCCAGUCAAGACCGUUGGAAGGAUAUACCCGAACUGGGCCAAGUGUCAUGCGGAAGAAAUGGCGACCGCCGCGCAAGGGUUGGACGUCGGACGACGGUGAUACGGUAAUUACGAUGUCUAAACGGACGUUGCGAGAAGUCUUGAACGUUAUGUACUAUGCUCACAUUCUAUGCCACUAUGUCUAUGCAUCACCUUGUCUCGUGUUUGUCUGUCAUAGCCAAAUCGCUGUGGUGAGUACUUGCAUCUAAUUCCAACACGCAGUAACAGUCGUCAUCCACGAAACGUAAGUAGCGUUCUGAUUCAUCAGCGU